UACACACAAUAGCCGCAUGUAAUAUUUAUCUGAAAUCCUCUGUGCCUGGGAGUGGGAAGCUGUCAUUUGCUUGGGUUAAUUAUACAUGCAGCAGAAACUCAAGGCGAUUGGCUGUAGUAGCACUGAAGGCAAAGGAAGGGAGGGGAGAGGAGGGGAAAGAGAGUCUUGCAGCACUCAAAUGUAAACAGUGGAAAGAAAGGGAUCGAGAGUAAAAGCUUGGGGUGCUCUCUCGAUUGAGCAGCCCCCGGAAAUCUGCAAUGGCUCGUGUAGCCAGCCUUUUGUUCACCUAGCUCCGGCAGCCUCGGUGGCGUGGAUGGAAAGCCCGUGCUGUGAAGGCUGUUCAUGUCUCUUCCAUGGAUUUUAACAAUAGGGACGGUGGGGAUGCACUAGCUCCCCCCAGCCUGCAGCUCCCAGCCCUGCAUGCUAGUUCAAACGGGGCAAUGGAAACGAGCAUGAGGAAGUUCACAGUGCGUAGAUUCUUCUCGGUGUAUCUCCGCAAGAAAUCCCGUUCGAAGAGUUCGAGUUUAAGUAGAUUUGAGGAAGAAGGCAUUGUAAAGGAAAUCGACAUCAGUCAUCAUGUAAAAGAAGGAUUUGAAAAGGCAGACCCCUCCCAAUUUGAGCUUCUGAAAGUUUUAGGGCAAGGUUCCUAUGGAAAGGUGUUUCUUGUAAGGAAGAUCAAGGGUUCAGAUGCUGGACAGCUUUAUGCCAUGAAGGUUCUUAAGAAAGCUACAUUAAAAGUUAGAGAUCGGGUAAGAUCAAAAAUGGAGAGAGAUAUUUUGGCGGAAGUGAAUCACCCUUUCAUCGUCAAGCUUCAUUACGCUUUUCAGACAGAAGGAAAACUGUAUCUAAUAUUAGAUUUCCUACGAGGAGGAGAUCUUUUCACCAGACUCUCCAAAGAGGUAAUGUUUACUGAAGAGGAUGUGAAGUUCUACUUAGCUGAGCUAGCCUUGGCUUUAGACCACCUCCAUGGUCUAGGAAUCAUUUACAGGGAUCUAAAGCCUGAGAACAUCCUGCUAGAUGAAGAGGGUCACAUUAAGAUUACAGAUUUUGGCCUGAGCAAGGAGGCUAUCGACCAUGAUAAGCGAGCUUAUUCUUUCUGUGGGACAAUAGAAUAUAUGGCUCCGGAGGUGGUGAAUCGACGAGGACACACGCAGAGUGCAGACUGGUGGUCCUUUGGUGUGCUCAUGUUUGAGAUGCUGACAGGGUCACUACCAUUCCAAGGAAAGGACAGAAAGGAGACCAUGGCCCUCAUCCUCAAAGCCAAGCUCGGGAUGCCUCAGUUCCUAAGCAUUGAAGCCCAGAGUUUGCUGCGAGCACUCUUCAAAAGGAACCCUUCCAACAGACUAGGUGCUGGCCUUGACGGAGUAGAAGAAAUUAAGCGCCAUCCCUUCUUUGUUACCAUCGAUUGGAACAAGCUGUACAGAAAAGAGAUCAAGCCACCUUUUAAACCAGCAGUGGGCAGACCUGAAGAUACAUUUCAUUUUGAUCCUGAGUUCACAUCCAGGACCCCUACAGUUGGUUCACUUGCAGAUUCCCCUGGUGUUCCUCCAAGUGCCAAUGCUCACCAUCUUUUUAGAGGAUUUAGUUUUGUGGCAUCCAGCCUGGUCCAAGAACCAGCUCAACAAGAUCUACACAAAGUCACAGUCCACCCAAUUGUGCAGCAGUUACACGGGAACAAUAUUCACUUUACAGAUGGCUAUGAGAUCAAGGAGGACAUAGGAGUAGGCUCAUAUUCGGUGUGCAAGAGGUGUGUGCAUAAAGCUACUGAUACCGAGUAUGCUGUGAAGAUAAUUGACAAGAGUAAAAGAGAUCCCUCAGAAGAAAUUGAGAUUCUCUUACGAUAUGGACAGCAUCCAAAUAUCAUCACCCUGAAGGAUGUCUACGAUGAUGGAAAGUAUGUUUACCUUGUGAUGGAGCUGAUGAGAGGCGGGGAGCUUUUAGACCGCAUCCUCCGACAGAAAUAUUUCUCAGAAAGGGAGGCCAGUGCUGUGCUCUGUACCAUUACUAAGACUAUGGACUACCUCCAUUCCCAAGGAGUUGUUCACCGAGAUCUGAAGCCCAGUAAUAUCCUAUACAUGGAUGAGUCUGGAAAUCCAGAUUCCAUCAGGAUCUGUGAUUUUGGAUUUGCCAAGCAACUGAGGGCAGAGAAUGGACUGCUCAUGACGCCAUGCUACACCGCUAAUUUCGUGGCCCCUGAGGUCUUGAAACGGCAGGGCUAUGAUGCAGCUUGCGAUAUCUGGAGCUUAGGGAUCCUUUUAUAUACAAUGCUUGCAGGGUUCACUCCUUUUGCAAAUGGACCAGAUGACACUCCUGAAGAAAUCUUGGCAAGGAUCGGUAGUGGGAAAUAUGCACUUUCAGGAGGAAAUUGGGAUUCUGUAUCUGAUGCUGCAAAAGAUGUUGUAUCCAAGAUGCUUCAUGUGGACCCCCAUCAGCGCCUAACUGCAGCCCAAGUACUGAGACAUCCAUGGAUCGUAAACAGGGACUACUUAUCUCAAAACCAGCUCAGCCGACAGGACGUCCACUUGGUGAAGGGUGCGAUGGCUGCCACGUACUUGGCUUUAAACCGAACCCCUCAGGCACCAAGAUUGGAGCCUGUAUUAUCCUCCAACCUGGCUCAGCACAGGGGCAUGAAGAGACUUACAUCAACAAGGUUGUAGCAGGCGAUCAAGAGCACCUACUCACAAACCCGACAGCUCCUCCCCAGAGAGGUCCGUCUUUGUCACUCAGCUCCUGGACUCUUGGGUAGCGCACGUGAGCAUUGCUGGAAUGACCAGAAGUCCAACAUAAGGCAGCACUCUCCCUUGCCUCCUUUCAUUUCCUUUUCCAGCCCUGAACAGGACUCUGACUUACUGACUUCUCAAAGCUGUGCUGUGCCAACAUUACCAACUGCUCUGCUUCCUUAUUCCCAAGUAAAACCAAAUGAAUUCAUUUCCUCAGAAUCAUUCUAGAGCUCUUCAGGAUUCUAUGAGAACCUGUAAAUGCCUAUAUUAGUCUUAUUCUUUUCAUCAAAAUAAUUUUUAAAAGUGUUUUAAAGAGACACUUUUUGAUUGAAAGGCCAAUGAUCUGAGCCCACAAUUUACUGCCUUACCAGCUAAUAUGCAUAGAAUUAAAAAAAAAAAACAUUGUCCAAAUACAUUAAUCAAUAAUCCACUGAUGUUCAUUUCCAAAAGGGAAAAGGCUACUAAAGUAUCCCUUUCAGAUUUCCAAUUGGCUGGAUAAUGCCAUGUGCAUUUUGGCAUCUAGGGAUAGAUACCUAUUUGCAUUCAUAGAAACCCAAGGUAUUACUUUUCUGUCUGCUCUCCUCCCAUUUUGAUUGAGGUGGUUUAUAAUGUCCCUCUUUCUCUUUCCAAAUUAAAAGGGGAGAAAAAAGCCUACCUAAGGCAUAAAUGAGGCCACCAAGAAGAUAAUAUUUGGCCUUCAUGUACCAAUUUCACUAAAAUGAAGAAAAUAAACUCCUUAGAAAGAGGCGUAGGAAAAAACCUAUGUUCCCUCUCAAUUUUCUUAUUUCUACAACCCUUAGCUCUUGGUAGACAAAAAGGCCAAUUAAGGAUUUAGAGAGAGCUUUGGGUUUUUGUUUCCCUAUGAGAUAAUUUUCCGCUCCCUGUGCUUUAAAAAAAAAAGCAGUCUAUUUGCUGUUUGCUUUCAUUUUCAGCUCUAAGAAAAAAACUGUGACUAUUGAGAAAAUUGAGCUCUGAUAUCCCUGCCCCAGAUUCUGUUGGCUGAGUCAAUGCCUCUCUUAAGUCCAACUGGAAUCAGGAGGUAUACCAUUAAGGCCUUCCACUCCCUUGCCCUAAAGAAGCAGGGGGGGAGGAAAAGGGAGACAGAACAAGAGGAUGCAUUAACAGUAGUGAUGCACUUUUUAGGAAUUGUGUUUUUGUGUUGAAUGUUAUGUUUCUGUUGGGUAGGUCUAUUUUUAAAUCACUGUUUGACAUUUUAAUAAUUUAAAUGCUAUUUAAAUGUUUGACUUAAUGUGCUGUGCACAUGGGGGGGGUGGCAGCUAAGGGUGGGGGGAAGGGUUGGAAUAAGAGCUUCGAUGUGCUGACCUUUGCCAAAUCAAACAAUGCUGUGAAAUGAAAGUCACCAGGCAAAAGACCCAGCACAAACAGGCAGUUGUUGGGAAAGUAGACCUAAGUGUUAUUUCCUGUCCCUAAGGAUCCCUGUGGGCCCCACUUAGUCCAGUGUGUUCUCAGUCCAGUAACUCAGUUCAGCAGAGUUGCAAGAGAAAAAAAAAAGUACUUUACCUGUUUCUUCAUCUUGCCUUUUUAUUUUCUGUACAUUUACUGAAGCCAGACAACUUGUUUGAUGGUAACUAUGAGAAGAUCCAAGUUGGUAGUGAAUGCAACCUUUCUUCUGAGCUUAAUUGUCGAUGUCAAUGUAAUUUCAUCUAAAUGACACCAUUUGUUUCAUUUCUUACCACCACCCCCACUUACAUCCACGCCCAUCUAACUCCAUGAUUAAGGUAUGUGCCAAGUUCAGAAAAAUGCUAACUCCUGCCAGUUACUUUCUGAACUUGAAAAAUAAACUUACUUAAUAAAUAACCUUUGAUUAUUAUGUUAGAUUUCAUUGUUUGUAGAUCACAAACAAAAACAUUCAAGUCUUUCUUAUUGUUCCCAUGUCUUCUAUUAUUCUCAUAAGGUGUUUUUCAUUGUUUCUUCAAUGGGCUACUAGACAGAGAAGCUUGGGUAUUGCUUGAUGAUUUUCCCCCUGCUUCAAAAAAAAAAAAUGAAGGUAGUAGACCUCAGCCUCCAAUGUCUUUCUCUGUGUUGGUCUUAAAAUUGAUGUCUGUUUCUUUUGUUAUUGAGGAUUUUUAAGAUUCCUUGGCUGUUAAACCAAGUGAUUUUUGUCACUUCUUUUGGGGGUUUCAAAAAGUUGAGGCAGGAAGAAAUGAAUGAUAUAGUACCAUUCACAUGUGGUGAAAGCAUGUUCCAUAUAACUUUACCAGCUAAAAACUUUGGGUGUUUUUUUUUAAUUCAUACAGAUUCGUGUGUCUUUAUACACUGAACUGAAAUGAUCCCAGAGGCAUUGAUAUUGUCUGCUACUGCUAUAGCAUAGAAGAACCUGCUUAAUACUACUUCAUGAAUUAGCAUACACCACAUUGCAUAAUGUGUAUUAACAGAAGGAAACACCCUAUUACACCAGCUGCUAAGUAGGUGUUUGAUUCUGUUAUAACCAAAUCCAGUUGGAUGGCUAGAAAGCACACCCAGUUUUUGAAACUCUUAUCCAAAAUAAAUGAGUACUUAAGCUCAUUUGACAGAAAGUCAGAAAAGAUUUUCUUUUCCCCUUAGCAAUGGGCAUCCCACAACUCAGCUAAGAUGUGCUACAUUUGCACAGUGAAUGCUUUAAAGGCAGAAAAGGGUGAAUAACUAAGUUCAUUUACAAGCACAGAUGCAGUACUGCCCUUCUUGUACUAGAGUAGUGUUUUCUUUCACCCUUAGUAUGCCCAUUUUUUUAAAUAUCCAAACAACUAUUUCAUUUAAUUCCAGCAAAACUAGCCCAUGCAGACAGUAUCAGCUCCAAAUCAAGAUAGCCCAAAAACAAACAAAAACAGAAAUUUUCUUAUCCUUAAGUCUGAUGCUUAACAUGUUUUUUUCCUACCUUUAUGCAUGUGUUGAUUUUACGUGAAUGAUAGUACUUAAGGUUAAGCCAGUAUUGUUAAUUAAAUGGUAUUAUCCUUAAAAUUACACAAAGGGAUUUUGCCUUCUGUUUUGUUGAUUCUUGUUGCACAUCAUAAGGACUUCAUUUGCACGCCACUCUAUUUCUGAGAUGGUUCUAUGUUCUCCCUGCCUCUCACCUCUCAGUGUAAUAAAAAGUCUCAGAAAGAACAAGAAGGUGACAAAAUGUAACAUUUCAGAAGGCCAGGAAUCAGAUGGCAAUCAAUGCUUUUAGGCUCACUUCUAACUAGUAGGUUGAACAAUGAAAUCUCUGGACAUGUAUGUGUGUGUUAAUUAGUAUUUAACAGCUUUUCUACUUAGAUAUCAUGACCCAGCACUUUGUUUACAGGUUCAGUAUCUAUGUUUACAAAUCAUUUUUAUGUUCACGCUUUCUAUUUUGUUUGAAAUGAGCAGUCACUGUACAGAUAUUUAUUACGCUUUCCAGAGUUUUCUGAAUAGAUUUUUUUUGAAUAAACAUGGGUUUUAUGAAGUGUAAUAUUUUUAUAGCAUAACAACCUUUGGACUUUCUAUAUUGCUCCCAACAAUGGUCUGUGGAUAAGCUUCUUGCCACCUUUUCUCCUCGCACUGUUUUCAGUGCUGCUGCUGGUGUCAGCUGCUGUGAUGUAGCAUCCUCAAGGGGUAGAUGGUACUGUAUUGUGAAACCGUCUGAACUAAGAACUCUCUGUGUGUAUGUGUGUAUGCGGGUUGCAUGAUGAAGGACACUGGUAGAAUAAGAUGAACAGUCUGACUGUACAGUGGGGCAAGAGCUCACAGGGGCAGGCUGCUGGGGAGAAUCCUCAUUGUAUCCUUCUUCUGUACUCUGCCAUUUUGGCUUGGCAUGCACAUCCCUUCUUUAUAAAGAAAUAAAACAAAAUUCUAUGCUGUU